AUGGCCAUGAACUCUUCCAAGUCCAACAACUUUAGCACCCUAUUUCCUCGCUCGGGUUCCAACCCCACCGUCCCAAAAAACGAAGCCUUAGCGGUGAAAGGGACGAGCCAACUUGGGUUGAGCCAAAAGGUAAAAAACCUGACAAAAACCUCAUUGACCACAAACAGAAGGCCAUUGAUGUUCCAUGAUCGUGUUAAUGCCGCUGAAAAAGAGAAGGGAAAAGGGGUUAUGAGGGCUCAAUUUUCGGGUCUGUCACCAACUUCAUUGAGCGAUGGUGGCGACACUGAGAGCAUCUUAAGAGCGAGUCAGAUAGUAAGAGCCAAACUGGAGCAUGCAGUUUGCAAUGCUGUUGCUGACACUCACACGGAAGAGAAUAAGAAAGCCAUGGAGAUGCUGCAAGCAAAAAUCCUCUCUGCGACAGCAUUCGCUUCCAAAAGUGAUGCUGUUGUUGGUGGCAGCACUUCGUCAACACAGCUCGCGAUUAUUGCAACACCCCAGAGGGGAAGCUUUCUGAACCAUUUUGCUUAUCCCAUCCCCACCAUUGGUGGCGACAACUCUAGAAAUUCCCAUUUCUCACUAUCACAGCCAGACACUGAGGUUGAUGAAAGCAUCACCCUUUGUGCGAGUCCACUGAGUGUUUGUUUUCCCCACGAAAGCAGUUACGGGAGGCAGAAGAUGAGAAACAGCAACGUGGGUGAAGCAGCAGCCGAGAAUGUUUUUGGCAACGAGGAUGAGAGCGAAUACGAUGGUCGGAUGCACAGCAAUCCGUACAAGAAGAACGGGCCAUACACGUGUCCGAAGUGCGGGUGCAUGUUUGAGACAUCGCAGCGGUUUGCGGCGCAUGUGAGUUCGAGGCACUACAGGUACGAGACCAAGAGUGAGAAGAAGAAGAGAAUGAUGGCCAAAAUCCGAAGGAGGAAUGUGCGUCUUGAAUGGGAAAAUGGUGCUCUCACUAUUGUUGCUGACGAUGCUCCCAGGAGUAGUAACAGUGCUUUUGGUUUUGCAGGAACCAACACCAACCUUGCUCCUCCUCAUGCUGCUCCUGUUAAGCUCAAGAAUGAAGGUGAGACUGGUGUGGGGCUUCAGCUUGCUCCUCCUCCUGGAUGGGGAAGACCAGAAGCUGGAGGACUCAAAGUAAAAUUGGAGCCACUAGACAAUUGA